ACACCACGGCGCAAGUCAGAGCGCUCGAGGAAAGACACCUUGCCGUUUCCACGACUGUGGUGAGGAGGAAGUGAAGGAGUGUGUGUGGAGGCGAGUGUGUGUUCUUUCGGUGGGAGACGCACGCGAGCUUUUAAACCGCACACCGGCCGCGGACACGCGGGAGUCGGGCUCGUGCCUACGUUCAUUCAGAGUAACUUGUGGAUCUGUAAGGGCAAAAACCAUCCAGCAGAAAUCACGCUACCUCGUCCGUUACCUCCCGCUUGAUCUUUUGAUUUCUUUGGUUAACUGUUUUUGUCUUUUGCCGGUCGGACUCUACCGGACAGGCGAUCGGACAGAAGUGUUGUGCAGUGCGUAAAGGAACUGGCAGCUCUUACCGGAGACCGGAUCGGUGCAUAGAGAGACAAACACAGAAGAUCGGACUCGGGCUGGCUCUGUCCUCUGUUUUUAGAUAAAUAUCGUAUUUAUUCACUUAUACGCGGGUUGUGUUCAUUGUCGUCAGCUUCGGUACACUCUGGGGCUCGCGCGGUCUGAUUGGAAUAUGGUGGGCGAGAUGGAAGCGAAGGAUAAGCCGCGACCGACCCCCGACUACCUGAUGCAGCUGAUGAACGAUAAGAAGCUGAUGAGCAGUUUGCCCAACUUCUGCGGGAUAUUCAACCACCUCGAACGCCUACUUGACGAAGAGAUCGGUCGCGUGCGGAAGGACAUGUACAACGACACACUUAACGGGAGCACCGACAGACGGAACGCUGAGCUGCCUGAAGCCGUCGGUGCCGUCGUGCAGCUGCAGGAGAAACUCUACGUGCCUGUUAAAGAAUACCCCGACUUCAACUUUGUGGGGCGGAUCCUGGGACCUAGAGGCCUCACAGCCAAGCAGCUGGAGGCUGAGACCGGCUGCAAGAUCAUGGUGCGGGGGAAGGGCUCCAUGAGAGACAAGAAGAAGGAGGAGCAGAACCGGGGCAAGCCCAACUGGGAGCACCUGAACGAGGACCUGCACGUUCUGAUCACGGUGGAGGACGCACAGAACCGGGCCGAGAUCAAGCUGAAGCGGGCCGUGGAGGAGGUCAACAAGCUGCUCGUACCAGCCGCGGAGGGUGAGGACAGCCUUAAGAAGAUGCAGCUCAUGGAGUUGGCUAUCCUGAAUGGAACCUACAGAGAUGCCAACAUCAAAUCACCUGCGCUUGCCUUCUCUCUUGCAGCUGGUGCUCAGGCUCCGCGGCUGCUGGGGGGUCCGGCGCCCGUGCUGCCCCCCUCUGCCCUGCGCACACACACACACACACACACCCCCUCCGUCUCCAUGGCGCCCGCCGGCCCCGCCCUCAUGCCGCUCCUGCGCCAGAUCCUGCCCGGAGGCGGGCCGCACCCGGGCGCCACGGCGACGCUGAUGCAGCAGGGCCCGGAGGCGGGCCUGAUCUACGCCGCGUCCCCGUACGAGUAUCCGUACGCCCUCACGCACGCGCCCACACACACCUCCCUGCUCACAGAGUACCCGCUGGACUCCAGCGCCGUGCUGGGUGCGGUGGCGGCCAAGAUUAGGCGCUCUGACCUGCGCGUCCACCCCUACCAGAGGGUUCUGGUCGCUGACCGAGCCACUGCAGGCAACUAACCUCCCUGACCCCUGAACCCUGCCUCGCGACCUUUGCCCUGUGAUCCUGUCACAUUCUGAUGGCCUGCCCAUUGGCUGCCUCCCUGCAUCUCUCUGCUCUGAUUGGUCAAAACAAAGAAAGCAAAAAGACAGAACAAAUAAAAGGGAGAAAAGAAAAGCAAGUGAGAGAGUGAAAGAGAGGGAGACGAGAGAAAAGAUGAACAGAGGAACGCAGUGAAAGAGAGAAAAGAUGGACAGAGGAACGCAGUGAAAGAGAGAAAAGAUGGACAGAGGAACGCAGUGAAAGAGAGAAAAGAUGGACAGAGGAACGCAGUGAAAGAGAGAAAAUAUGAACAGAGGAACGCAGUGAAAGAGAGAAAAGAUGGACAGAGCAACGCAGUGAAAGAGAGGGAGAAGAGAGAAAAGAUGGACAGAGCAACGCAGUGAAAGAGAGAAAAUAUGAACAGAGGAACACAGUGAAAGAGAGAAAAG